AUGGCACCUACCAUAAUAACUCAUGUCAUAUUUGAUAUGUUGGGCACACUGGUCAACACUAACGACUGUAUUUUGGACGCCUUCAAACAAUAUGCCCAACAUUUUUAUAUAAACUUACCGGAUAAUUAUAUGAAAAAUAUUUUAGAAGCUGAUGGUGCAAAUAAAAUGUUUGACGAUUUUUUCGAUUACAUUAAACUCCCGGAGCCGGCAAUGAAUAGAAGGUCGGAGAAGAUUAAGUUGACAAAAGCUAUUGUCGGACACAAUCAUCAAUUGAUGCCCGGAGUUAAACGAUUUGUUGAACACUUGUACAGUAAUAAUAUACAUAUGGCUAUCGCCACCUCAAGGGACAGUAAGAUGUUUGACUAUCUGUCCAAACAGGUAAACGGUUUUCUAGACGCCGGCAAACUGUUUGAACACGUUGUUUGCGGUGCUACUGAUCCCGAAGUGGUCAACAAUAAACCGGCGCCUGAUAUCUAUCACGUUUGUUGUCAGAGAUUUAGUGAACCGCCCGAUAGUAUGCAAAAUGUGUUGAUUGUUGAAGACUCUCGUAAAGGUAUUACCGGCGCUCUGAUGACUGGUUCGAAAACAUUGCUAAUAAACAAUGGAUUGUAUGAAUACUUUGAUGAUAUUAGUGAUAAAAUAACACUGAUUUCCGAUUCAUACCUAAGUGUUAGACUAGACGUCUUAGGAAUACCUAAUUAUGAUUAA